AUGAUUUAAUCAAAAAUGAUAGAAAAAAUGGAAGAUCUGUUUUGUUCUUUGAAUCAUAAGCUUCCAGUGCUAAUGAUUUCUUGUGAUAAAGAUCUCAAGAAUAAUUAAAGACUUUUAUGUAGUCUAUGUAUGGAAAAUUUAGAAUCAAAAACCCAAAUAAUGAGUUUUAAAAAAACACUAGAAAAUAUUGAAUAAAAUUAACAGUCAAAGAAAGAAUCUGUUGAGAAUGUUUUAAUGAUUAACAUCAAAUAACUUGAAUAACUUUAAAAAACUCUUCAUCAAUUAAAAUCUAAUGUUGUUUAAUAAUUGGAUUAUAUGAUUGGAAAUGCAAAUGAAUGGAUCAAACAAAUUUGGAUAUGUGGACAAUCAAAUGUUACAUAUAGCCUCUUUGAUGAAAUUGAAAAACUAAUUACUCAAACAAAACUAGAUUAAUUCAACUAAUAAUCUAUAAUUGAUCAAAUUAAUUAAAUCAGCUAAUCAUAGAAUCAAAAGUUCAUAACUUUAUUUAUAAUAAAUAUCUAAAUGCCAUGCAAUUUAAUUAUUUGA